AUGAUUACCUCUUUGAGCACCCUGGUGACCUCCUUCUGGGCAGCUCUCCAUCUCAGAACUCUGCUGCUGACAGCUGUCACCUUCCUGUUCCUGAUUAACAUCCUCAGAAGCCGGCACCCCAAAAACUACCCACCAGGGCCAUGGCGUCUGCCCAUUGUGGGCAACUUCUUUCAAAUAGACUUUGAGCAAACCCAUUUGGUGCUUCAGCAGUAUGUGAAGAAAUAUGGGAAUGUACUUAGUUUGGAUUUGGGCAGAUCACCAGUGGUGCUUGUAUCAGGACUGCCUUUAAUCAAAAAAAUGUUUACCGAUAUGGACCAAAAUUUUAUUAAUCGCUUUAUGAAUCCUAUUAAAGAACAAAUCACUGGUAAAAAUGGAGUGCUCGGAUCUGAUGGCCAGGUAUGGAAGGAGCAAAGGAGGUUUGCCCUGAUGACACUGAAGAACUUUGGAUUGGGAAAGAAGAGCUUAGAGGAGCGCAUACAGGAGGAGGUCCACCACCUUGUGAAGGUCAUAGAAGAGGAGGGAGGACAACCUUUUAAUCCUCAGUUUAAGAUCAACAAUGCCGUUGCCAAUGUCAUUUCCUCUAUCACCUUGGGGAAGCGCUUUGAGUAUGACGACUUCCAGUUUCAGGAGCUGAUGAAGUUACUGGAUGAGAACUUCUAUCUUCAAGCUUCCAGGACUGGCCAGUUCUACAAUGCCUUUCCACAUAUAAUGAAAUAUCUUCCUGGACCACAUCAGAAAAUUUUCAGAAAUUGGAGAAAACUGAAAUUGUUUGUUUUUCAUAUCAUCAAAAAUCACCAGAAAGAUUGGAACCCAGAUGAGCCAAGAGAUUUCAUUGAUGCUUUCCUAGUGGAAAUGCAAAAGUACCUUGAUAAAAUUACAAGUUUCAAUGAAGAAAACCUCAUCUGCAGCACUUUGGACCUCUUUUUGGCUGGAACAGAGACAACAUCCACAACACUGCGAUGGGCUCUGCUCUACAUGACUGUCUACCCAGAAAUCCAAAAAAAUGUACAGGCGGAGAUUGACAGAGUUAUUGGCCACAAGAGGCAGGUGAGCUUGUCUGACCGAGAGGCCAUGCCCUAUACCAAUGCUGUCAUCCAUGAGGUGCAGAGGAUGGGCAACAUCAUCCCCUUGAAUUCUACCAGGGUAGUGACAGUUGACACCAACUUUGCUGGAUUCUUCCUGCCAAAGGGAACCAAGAUCAUGACCAAUUUGACUGCACUGCACAGGGACCCCAAAGAGUGGGCCACUCCAGAAGUAUUCAAUCCAGAGCAUUUUUUGGAGAAUGGACAGUUUAAGAAAAGAGAAUCCUUUCUGCCAUUCUCAAUGGGAAGGAGAGCUUGUCUUGGAGAACAAUUGGCUAGAUCUGAGCUGUUCAUUUUCAUCUCUACCCUUAUGCAAAAAUUUACCUUCAAGUCCCCAGUCAAUGAGAAACUGAGCCUGAAGUUCAGAACGGGUGCUACCCUUUCCCCAGUCAGCUAUCGAAUCUGUGCUAUCCCUAGAGUUUGA